CAUUCGUUGAGUCUUCUCAGUUGUGAUUGAUAAAUUCUGUGUGCGAUUUUAUAAUAUAGAUGGAGAAAAAUUUUGCUCAUUUUUUAUUCUUUAUUUUGUAAGAACUGAUGUGAAGAAUUAACAAUUAUUAAAGGAACUUAGUGUGGUAGAACUAAAGGAAAUAGAUACUAGAAAAUUUUCAUAAGGAAAACUUUAAAAUUGCAAAUUUCUAAGCAAGGCGUUUCCCCUUCAAAAAAGAAAAGGAAAAAAAAAUUCUUCAAAAUUCAAUUUCCGAAUAAAUCAGAACCUUUGCCACACCAAUUUAAAUGUGAAAUGUAUAAUCGAUUUGUUUAGUGUAUUUUAAGAGGAAAUAGAAUUUUUUUUGGAUCAUAAAAAUGAACUCAUUUAUGAUAUUUGUGACACUUUGUGUGUUCACAACAUUCAAUUUGCAUCACGUCAUCGGAAGUGAGGAUGAGGAGCGUUUAGUAAGAGAUCUCUUUAGGGGUUACAAUAAACUCAUUCGACCUGUUCAGAACAUGACACAAAAAGUAGAUGUACGAUUUGGAUUGGCUUUUGUUCAGCUCAUUAAUGUCAACGAAAAGAAUCAAAUUAUGAAGUCCAAUGUAUGGUUACGAUUAGUUUGGAGUGAUUAUCAAUUACAGUGGGAUGAAGCUGAUUAUGGUGGCAUUGGAGUAUUAAGAUUGCCUCCUGACAAAGUUUGGAAGCCUGAUAUCGUAUUGUUCAACAAUGCUGAUGGUAACUACGAAGUUCGUUACAAGUCUAACGUUUUAAUCUAUCCCAAUGGAGAGGUUCUUUGGGUUCCGCCAGCCAUUUAUCAAAGCUCAUGUACGAUUGAUGUCACAUACUUCCCAUUCGAUCAACAGACAUGCAUUAUGAAAUUUGGCAGUUGGACAUUCAAUGGCGAUCAAGUGUCACUAGCUUUAUACAACAAUAAAAACUUUGUAGAUUUAUCAGAUUAUUGGAAAUCAGGAACAUGGGAUAUAAUUGAAGUGCCGGCAUAUUUGAAUGUGUAUGAAGGAACGAAUGGACAACCGACAGAAACUGACAUCACAUUUUACAUUAUUAUAAGAAGAAAGACUCUUUUCUACACAGUCAAUUUAAUCCUUCCGACGGUUCUCAUUUCAUUCCUUUGCGUUCUCGUCUUCUACUUACCUGCUGAGGCUGGCGAGAAAGUGACACUUGGUAUUAGUAUUUUGCUCUCACUUGUCGUCUUCUUGUUGCUCGUGUCAAAAAUUCUGCCACCGACAUCGCUCGUCCUUCCAUUGAUUGCCAAAUAUUUACUGUUUACAUUCAUCAUGAAUACUGUUUCCAUUCUUGUUACUGUUAUCAUUAUCAAUUGGAAUUUCCGAGGACCGAGAACACAUCGUAUGCCACAAUGGAUUCGAACAGUCUUCUUACAUUACUUGCCUGCAAUGCUGCUAAUGAAGCGCCCACGAAAGACUCGAUUGAGAUGGAUGAUGGAAAUGCCUGGUGGACCUGGACUUAGUGUUCCACCUCAUCCAUCGCAUCCAUCGUAUGGCUCACCGACCGAAAUGCCAAAACACAUUAGCUCAAUAGGUCAAAAUAAAUCAAAGAUGGAAGUGAUGGAAUUGUCAGAUUUACAUCAUCCUAAUUGCAAGAUGAAUCGUAAAAUUAACAGUGGUGGUGGUGAUUUAGGAGGUGAACAUUGUCGACGGGAGAGUGAAAGUUCAGAUUCAAUCUUGUUAUCGCCAGAAGCAACGAAGGCUACGGAAGCUGUCGAAUUUAUUGCUGAACAUUUAAGAAAUGAGGAUUUGUAUAUUCAGACACGCGAGGAUUGGAAAUACGUUGCAAUGGUAAUUGAUCGUUUACAGCUUUACAUUUUCUUUAUUGUUACAACUGCCGGUACUAUCGGAAUUUUAAUGGAUGCUCCACACAUAUUCGAAUAUGUUGAUCAAGACAGAAUUAUUGAAAUUUAUCGUGGCAAAUAAGCACAUAACAAUUCAAAAAAGGAAAGUAAUAAUAAUAACAAAUAAUUAAUAAUAUUAAAUAUAAAAAUUUUUAAGAAUAAAAAAUUCACUCGAGCAGCAGUUAACGAAAAAAAAAAAUUACAUGGUAAAUCAAGAAUACGAUGGUGAAUGUUUUCAGAUGAAAUGAUACAGACACACAUAAAUACACACAUUUUUUUAAUGGCAAAGUGAGGAGCGAAACUUCUUCACGUGGCUUCUCAAAAACACAAUUUUUACAUAUUAAUAUACACAAAAAAAAGAACUUUUUGCAGCUCAAUUUUUAAAAUUUCACACAAUGGACAGAAAAAAUAUGAAUCAUGAUUAAUUUUUAAUUGAAAUCCUCAAAUCAUGCGAUCUUCCAAUUUUGUGCUCAAAAAAAUGUGACACAAGAUCAUUAAACAAAAAAAAGUGUUUAGACAAAUUUAGCAUCGGCUCAAAAAAAAGACAAUUUUCAUCUUAUUUACUCAAUUUCAAUAUUUCCUGCCAAAUUUUUUACAAAAAUGAUACUUUUUAUGACAAUUUUUUGUUUCGUUAGUGGAAAUUUUUUUGGUGAAAAAAAGAAUCGAAGUUAAUAACUGAAUUUAAUCGUAAUGACAAAAAAAAUUGAUGAAAUAUGUAGUUGAACUUUCUAUCUAGUUGAAAAUCUGUCUAUGACAAUUAUUAUCUGUCUGUGUAUCCACGAGAAAAACAAAAAAAAUAUUAAUUAUUUACUGGAAGAAUGAAUGGUUAAAUGUGUGGAGAAUAAGAUGUUAUUUGUGAUGUAAGGGCAUGUGGAAUUGUAAUCGAAGGAAAGCUUUAUUGUGAUAAAUCUUGAUUGUUCUAGUUUAAAGAAAUAUCCAAGCUUCUUAUAUGAUCUGAGUCAAAACUAUAAACGAAAGAAAGGCUUUAAAGUUUAAAGUAUCCUGCAUUUUAUUAUGCAAUAAACUUCAGAUUAUUUCCAAUUGUUACAUACAUUAGUCAAUGAAACUAGAGUAAUGACUGACUUUUAAUAAAUUAAACUUAA